UCGCAAUGAAAUUAUAUCCAUUCAAAACUAUUAAAAAAAUAUUAAUUUAAUAUUUUUUAAACUAAAUGCACUUAAAGUCUUAAACGCAGUUUUAAAGGAAAAACAAACGGAGAAACGAGGGAUUGACACUGUAUAUUUAUAAACAAUAAAAGAAAAUCAGGUGCUUCUUCUGGAGAAAACAACCGCAACCGCUAUGGAAGAGCAAAACCCUGCUUCUCAGUCUCAUAGAAGCACAGAGCAGCUACAAGACACCGCAAAAUUGGAACACCUAUAUGGAUGCGAGCACUACCGGAGAAGAUGCAAAAUCCGAGCUCCAUGUUGCAACCAUAUCUUUUCUUGCCGCCACUGCCAUAAUGAAGCUACCAGCUCGCUGAGCAAUCCCAAGGAUCGUCAUGAAAUAGUCAGGACCGAUAUUAAACAAGUUAUUUGUUCAGUUUGCAACACAGAGCAAGAGGUUGCUCAGGUUUGCAAUAAGUGUGGUGUCAAGAUGGGUGAAUAUUUUUGUGAUAUUUGCAAAUUCUAUGACGAUGAUACAAGCAAACAGCAGUUCCAUUGUGAUAGUUGUGGGAUUUGUAGACUCGGUGGCCGUGAAAAUUUUUUUCACUGUGAGAAAUGUGGAUCUUGCUAUGCAAUUGAUAUGCGUGAUAAUCACUCAUGUGUUGAGAACUCCAUGAAAAAUUACUGUCCUGUCUGUUACGAGUAUCUUUUUGACUCAGUUAAACAAGCAACGGUUAUGAAGUGUGGACAUACCAUGCACAUGGACUGCUUUCGUGAAAUGGCUAAACAACAGCAGUAUCGUUGUCCAAUCUGCUCCAAGACAGUGAUCGACACCUCACAUUAUUGGAAAAUGCUAGAUGAGGAGAUUGAGGCUGUUCAAAUGCCCGAGCAAUACCAGUAUGAGGUCUCCAUCCUCUGCAAUGACUGCAACAGCACUAGCAAAGUCGCAUUUCACGUUGUUGGGCACAAGUGCAAACAGUGCGCCUCGUAUAAUACCCGAAGGAUUGCAGGAACCGGUUGCUAAAAUGAAGUGUUUGUCAAUCAGCAAAAGAUAUCGGCAACAAACUUGUGACGCCGACCUUGUUUAUUUUUCUCAUUCUAGCUAAUGUUCUUUCCAUCAGCAAAUUUUAAUGGCAUGGAUUGUUCCUUUGAUCCAAUUAAUUUCAGUCCAGGUGAUUUGGUGGAAGAACAUGAAUUGCCUGUAAAAAAUCUGUGUUUCCUUAAUCUUUUAAUCGAUAGAUUUUCCUUCGUUUCAGCCAA